UUUUCAGUGGGAAACGUUAUAAAGAAUGCGUUGGCGAUUAUGAUAAAAUGCUGCUGUUCUGCCCAACUUGCGCCAAUGUCCUGAUAGUUGAAGAAGGCGCUGGUCCUUCUUCGUACAGAUUUGCAUGUCAAACUUGUCCUUAUGUGUACAAUAUUACGAAAAAGAUUUCUAAUAGAAAAUUCCCACAAUUGAAAGAAGUUGAUGAUGUACUUGGAGGUAAAGCCGCCUGGGAAAAUNNNNUAUCUCUUUCAGAACGAUGUCCUAAGUGUGAACAUGAWAGAGCUUAUUUCAUGCAGAUUCAAACUCGCUCGGCUGAUGAACCAAUGACGACCUUCUACAAAUGUUGCAAAUGUGGUAAUCGAUGGAAAGACUGAUGCAAAGGCUCGCUGCACUAAGAAAAGAGAAAAUUAUAUUUAUAUUCUAGUGGCAGAUUGAGAACCUUGAACUUUCAUGCAAAAAUAUAACAGUGUGAAUCACAAAGUCGUGACCAGGAAGAACAAUUUAAGGGCUGUGUAUUCAGAAGAUACUAUGUUAUAAGUUAAGGGUAUUAAUAAUACUAUUUUAUCGAUUAAUAAAGCUGGUAUAAAAAAAUGAA